AUGGUGCAGAAUGAUAUGGAUGAGGCUCAAAUCGAACAAGAUGCAUUCGAGAAGACUGAGGAUAGGAAGCGAGCACGGGAGAGUUUUGUUGGUAGUCAAUCGAGUAAUGGACAACCACCCAAGCAUCGCAAGACGCAGUCAGGAUCGAGCAGUGCCCCCGCUACAUCUCAAAGGCAGAGCACCCCACCUUGUAUCUUCUGUGGCAAGGCUCAUAGAGUUUAUGAGUGCCUAAAGUGUCACAAUCGUUGUUAUAAGUGUGGUCAACGUGGACAUCUUAAGGUAGAUUGCACCAAUGGAGCAGGAUCAGCGUUUGCAGCAGCGUCUACUCCUGCAGCUCCAUGGCAGGAUCAUGGCAAUACGGUGCACCCUUCGUCUGGAGGUCCAUCAUCAUCCCAUCAAGUGAAAGAGGUGCACCAAACAACUGACAGACGCGCCUACAUGAUGACACGUCAGGAGGAUGAUCAGUCGGCUGACGUGGUCGCAGUGUAG